AUGAGGUAAAAAAAAACAAUUAUCCAAGAUUAUAUAACCUCAAAAGUGAAGCCUGUAUUUGAUCAAUUGAUUGCUCGUAUAGUAAUAGAGAUGCCAGAUGAUGUUUAUGAAUGGUCUAUCAAUUGGUUAUAAAAAUAGUGUAAAUAUGCAGAUUAAUAUAAUAUAGAAAGAGGAUCAUAAGUUUUAAAAAUAAUAAAUCAUGAUUUAAGUGAAGAAGAGGAAGAAGAAGAAGAAGUAGUUUUGGAAAUUAAACAGAAUAAAAAACAAUAAACAAGAUCAGCAGUAUCAGCUGAAGUUUAUGGAGAAUAUAACAAAAAAGAGGAUUUCAUACCAAGAUUUAUAUAAAAAUCAGAAGGUUAAAUAGAAAGAAUCAAGAAAAGAAUCCUUAAUUCUUUUAUGUUUUAAGCAUUAGAUGAAAAAGAUUUAAAUAUAGUAUUAGGAGCUAUGGAUGAGAAAAAGUUUUAGUAAUAAUAAUAAAUUAAUUAAAGGGUUGGAGAUUUUGUAAUAAAGUAAGGAGAAGACGGAAAUGAAUUAUAUGUAAUUGAUGAAGGUCGUUUAGAAUGUUAUAAAAGAUUUGCAGGAUUAGAAGAAGAAAAGUUACUGAAGACAUACAUCCCUGGUGAAUCUUUUGGUGAAUUAGCACUAUUAUAUAAUGCUCCUAGAGCUGCUACCAUCAAAGCAAUUGAAAAUGUUACAACAUUUGCCCUUGAUAGAGAAACAUUUAAUAAUAUUGUCAAAUUUUCAGCCAUAAAAAAAAGAGAAUAAAUGGAAGAAAUCUUAAAUAAAAUUGAAUUACUCUAAUCUAUGGACAAUUAUGAAAGAGUUCAAUUAUGUGACGUNAUCAAAUGGAGUGAAAGGAUUUGUACAUGUUAGUUAAGAAACAAAAACAUUUUUAGAAUAAGAUUAUGAUGAUCUUUUUAAUUUUGAAUUGCACACAAAAAUAGAUCUUAAAACAAUAAAAAGAUAGAUUGAAGGAUUUUUGGUUCAUAAAUUAGAAUAAGAUCAUUUUGAUUAAGAAGAAGAUUAAUUUUUAAGUUCCUGAUACUGAUGUAGCAGUACUGAUUAUUUUCGUGAUUAUAUAUAUAAAAUUUCAACUAAUUUUACAUUUUG